AUGUCUAUGUCACUGGAAGAUGCUGCGGUGGUGCGGGAGGCGAAGCCGGUCCCAAACACACCAGAGAGCGUUUUUGCCCAGCUCCGGAUGGAUGGCAAGGUUGUGGCGAUCACGGGAGGAGCAGAUGGUAUUGGAUUCGCCGUUGCGGAGGCAGUAGCAGAAGCCGGAGCCAAUGUCGCACUAUGGUACAACUCCAACUCUGCCGCAAUCGCAAGAAGCAAAGACCUGGAAGCGAAAUUCGGGAUCAAGUCCAAGGCAUACCAGGUCGAGGUUUCGGACCACAAGGCCGUACAGGAGACUAUGUCGAAGGUAGUUGCAGACUUCGGAAAGCUUGAUGUGUUUGUUGCGAAUGCUGGUAUGGCCAUCUCCAAGGCCAUUACUGAGCAGACUGUGGAGGAGUACAGGAAACAGAUGUCCGUUAACCUUGACGGAGUCUUCUACUGUGCUAAAUAUGCCGGCGAGAUCUUCAAGAGCCAAGGGUUUGGCAAUCUUAUCAUCACAUCCAGCAUUUCCGCACACAUAGUCAACGUUCCCGUAGACCAGCCGGUCUACAACUCCACAAAAGCGGCUGUGACUCACCUUGGAAAGAGUCUGGCGCGAGAGUGGCGAGAGUUCGCCCGUGUGAAUGUCGUUUCACCUGGUUUCUUCGACACAAAGAUGGGCGCUUCACCGCGAGUUGUCAACGAAGCAUACCGUAUGACACCUCUUGGACGCAUGGGCCAUGUUAAGGAGAUCAAGGGGUUGUACUUGUAUCUAGCUAGUGAUGCUUCGUCGUAUCAGACUGGCAGUGAUGUUAUCAUUGAUGGAGGAUACGUUCUGCCGUAG